GCGAGGGCGCCCAAACAGGAGGAAACACUGAGGAGGGAAUCCCGCUCUCCGGCAGCCUUGCAGCGUUAUAAACACAGCGAGCGGGGCAGGCACGCCGCUCUGAUGCUCCUCAGAGCCGCCGGACUCACCUCGGACUCUGCGCCUUCCACGCCGACUCUGCUCCUUCCACCAUGCGCUGAUUUAUGUCCCUCUCCUUUUUAUUUUUGCCUCUUUUUUUUUUUGACAUUUCUUCCACUUUUUCUUGUGAUUUGGUGUCCAGAUGUUCCGAGGGACUUGGAGGCUGGCCCAGUACCACAGCAUGAGGUCCGUGGAUCAAGAUGACCCCAAUCUGGCAUCGCACAAGAUCCUCAGUCCCGAGUCGGAGCAGGCCUUCCCCCUGGAGGAGGUCUCCCCGUACGCCAGCAUCAAGUCCUGCAGCCGGGCUUACAUCCACCACAACGCGGAGGUCCUGCCGGGUUACGACAGCCAGGAGGCGGGGUGCUACCUGGACGGCGCCCGGCCGGCGGUCUUGGCCUUGAGCCCGCGGAUUGAAAUCACUCCGUCGCGGGAGCACUACAACCACGCCGGGGACCCCCACCAGAACCAGCACCCCGGCGUCCACAGCCCCCGACCCACCCUCACCGUGCCCGGACACGACAGCCUGUCCUACCGGGAGCCCCAGUGCCUGAGCCCCGCCAGCAGCAACUCCUCCGCCAGCUGGCACUCGGAGAGCUACUCGCCCUGGGCGUCGCCCUGCGUCUCCCCCGGCAGCGGCCACAACGACCUGUGCCCGCGCAUGCAGAACAUCCACGCUGGCUCGCCGCGGACCUCCCCGGGCACCUCGCCCUGCGCCGGCCUAGCCGAGGACGGCUACCUGGGAGCGUGCUCCCCUUCCCCGCGUGCCGGCUCCCGCUCUGGCUCCCGCUCCGGCUCCCCGCAAGGCAAACGCACCUACGACAUGUACAAGAAUCCUUCCCUGGUGUCCGGGAUUCGCUCCCGCAGUCCGUCCCCGCACGGGGGCCAGGAGGACCACGGCAUGGGGGCCAACUACACCCCGGGCGGUCUGAAUGACUCCAUGAACGGUUUCGGCAGCAGUCUGCCUACUAAGAUGGUCAAGACCUCCAACCAGGUCUACACUCUGUACCCGGAGCACCACAGCGAGGGGAACUACUUGGUGUCAUGUGACCAGGACUUAAAGCUCGCGCCGGAGCCGUUCUUUGUCAUCCCGCCCGUCUGGCCCAAGCCACUGGUCUCCAGCAUCUGCAGCAUCCCGGUGGCGUCCCUGCCCCCUCUAGAGUGGCCCAUGCCGGCCCGCACGGACCACUACCAGCUCCACAUCGAGGUGCAGCCCAAACCGCACCACAGAGCUCACUACGAGACCGAGGGCAGCCGAGGUGCCGUCAAGGCCCACACGGAAGGACAUCCCGUGGUGCAGCUGCGAGGCUACAAGGGCAAAGAGCCGCUGGGCCUGCAGAUCUUCAUCGGCACGGCGGACGAGCGCAUCCUGAAGCCGCACGCCUUCUACCAGGUGCACCGCAUCACCGGCAAGACGGUCACCACCAACAGUUUGGAGAAGGUGGUCCACGGCACCAAAGUCCUGGAGAUCCCCCUGGAACCCAAGAACAACAUGAGGGCAAUCAUCGACUGCGCCGGCAUCCUGAAGCUGCGCAACGCCGACAUCGAGCUGCGGAAGGGCGAGACGGACGUGGGGCGUAAGAACACGCGCGUGCGGCUGGUGUUCCGCGUCCACAUACCCCAGCCGGGGGGGCAGCUGCUCUCCCUCCAAGUGGCCUCGCAUCCCGUCGAGUGCUCUCAGCGGUCCGCACACGAACUUCCCGUGGUGGAGAAGCAGGACUUGGACUGCUGCUCCGUGCUGGGAGGCCAGCAGAUGAUCCUGACCGGACAGAACUUCAGCUCCGACUCCAAGGUCUUGUUCGCCGAGAAAACACACGAUGGGAUGCAAAUGUGGGAGAGUGAAGCCACGGUGGACAAGGACAAGAGCCAGCCGAGCAUCCUGUUUGUGGAGGUGCCGCCUUACCGCCACUCCAGCGUCUGCCACGCCGUCAAAGUCACCUUCUGUGUGGUCAACGGGAAGAGGAAGCGCAGUCAACCUCAGCACUUCACCUACACGCCUCUGCCUUCUGCGUCCAUCAAGACCGAGCCCUUAGACGAGUACGACUCGGACCACGUGACCUUGGCCAUGAUGGGCGCCCCCCCCCACUCCUACUACCCCAGCCCACGCCCCAUCCUCCACCCAGAUCACGGCGUGGCGUCCUGCCAGCGUCUGGUCCCCGGCUUUGACCGCCAGAGCGUGGCCUUCAAGAGCGCCGCCUGCCAGCAGACCACCGGGACCCUGAUCCCGGACCCGCACCGCUCCGUCCUGGUCCGUGCCGGAUCCCCGGCGCACCCCCCCAUCAUCCGGUACUCCCCCACCAACCAGCACCAAGAGUCGCCCACCGUCUACUGCGGGUCCUACUCCCCGCCCCCUCCUCAGCAGUACACCACCGUCAUCCAGCAGCAGAAGGCCAGAGGACCCGGCGGGGACAGACCCAGGAGGGUGACGGUGAAGGAGGAGAACCUGGACCAGGCCUACCUCGAUGAUGGUGAGUUGAACGAGAUCAUCCGGAAGGACCUGACUGGCGUUCACGCUCGAGGGCAGUCGUAGGCCCGCCCCCUCUGAAGCAGGAAGUGACAUCACGCCCCCCUGGUGUACACACCCAGUCCCGCCCCCCUGCAGGCUUCUAGUCUUUUCCGCUCCAACCAACCAAAGAAGCAACAAUGAAUGUGCCUUUACCGUGAUGCUACGUAGCAUUAGCAUCCCAGACUGCUUUUGUUUACUUUUGAAGAACAUUCUGGUCCAUCAUCUCAACGACGACAAAGUGUACUUUAUUAUGACGGGAUGCUUUUCAAAUGCACUUUUUGGAGGAUUUGACUUUUACUUUUUCAUAAGAAAUAUGAAUGAAAUGUGCAUUUCCUAACAAACGUUGGACUUCUGCAACUUCUAUGCACGGCGUAAACACAAUUUGUUAGCACACUGUGGCUAAAUAGAAACAUACUUGCAGCUAAUUUUGUUCAAAAUCUGAUUUUUUUUUAAUAUAAAAAGCCUCUUAUUUUGUAACGUGUGUCCCUUUUGAGCCAUGGCAGCACAAGUGCGUCUAUUGAAUGUAAUCUACGCUCUUAUUUUGUAAAUAUUAACAUCUCAUAUGGAUGAAAUGGAUACUCAUACCGGGCAUCAUAUUUUUUUUUUCUUUUUGUAACAAAGAAGAGAUAAUUGUAUUUUAUAAAAUUGUAAAUGUAAUCUACGCUCUUAUUUUGUAAAUAUGAACAUCUCAUAUAAAUGAAAUAAAUACCGUGUUCAUACCACA